AUGACCACGUCGUUGUCCUUUUCGUCUCUGUUUACCUACACCAGCCAAACACGAAGAUGGGGGGUGCGAGCGCGCGACGAUGGUCAUUCACGACCAUUGGGGGGCGGUGUCGCGGCGACGAGGACGUAUUUGAAGCCGCGAUGGCCACGACCACCGUUCAUUAGAAUUCGGUUCCUUAUAUUGAAGAUGCUCAAGUGGCUGACAGUUGUUUUCGUCCUCCUUCAGCUGGUUUACGGUAGGUUUUGGGGGCUUACGAAUGGGUUUGGACAACAAUUUCGCAUUUUUUCAAAUUUCGAAAUAAACUUGUUUACUGAUUUUGAAAUUGACUUGUAAUAAUAAUAGGAUUGGAGAUGGUUUUUCUGACUAACUUUUAUAAAAGACUGUACGCUUUAUACCUUUACUAGUACUAUUAAAGUAUGCUGCUUAGUAGUACCAUGUAUAGUCUAUACUAAACUACAUAUAGCUUGUAGUGAACCACUUAACAUAGGUUACUUUUGCUUAUAGUAUCAUACAUAACUUUUGUACUAUCAUAUUAUCAACAUUAUAAUAUGUAGCGUAGGAUAGGAUAAAGUAAAGUAAAGUAAAGUAAGGAAAGGUACAGUAGGGUAAAGUAAAUUAAAAUACAUAGGCCUAUACCAAAUUAAAGUAAUCCGAACUUUUCUAGGCCAAUUUGAUAAGAACAGAGCAGUUGGACCAUGUAUCAACGGGAAAUGCCCUGAAGGCCAUGUAUGUCAUGAUGAGGAAUGUUACCCAAACGUUCAAAACGAUGAACCCUUUGACAACAUGUAUGACAGUGAUGUAAAAACAAGUAGGCUUUAAAGAAAACUACAUUACAUAACAGUGCUUUCAUUUCUCAUAGAGCCAUGAACUUUUAAUUUAUAAGCUUUUCAUGCCUUUUCGUACAAUACAUUUAAACCUAUUUAACCCUACAUCUACAGCACAUAUUUUUGAAAAUUCAAAAUUUUAAAAAUCCUAAAUAAUAGUUGUGUCAAAAUAUAAAAAACGCAAUAUGACAAUUGUAGGAACCUCAAUUGGACCAUGCGUGAAUGAUUUGUGCCCCGCUGGCUAUGACUGUAUUGACAAGCGAUGUUUCAAAAGUAAGUUUUCGUAAAGUUCUGUCGUAUAUUUACAAUAAUGUUACGCUAUCGUCACGAUUAAUAACACAUUAUUAUCAUCACACUCACUUGGUUGAUAUUACUGUAUUAGAGUAGAAAAAAAACUUUUUUCUUUUCAAAUGUGCACAACUUUGCUUGAAGACAAAAAAAACUUUUAGUAACCCUAAUAUUAACUAUACUUUUUAUUAUUUUUUACUACCAGGUAGUUCAAAUAAUUCUGCGCCUCCUCUCAAAACAAAUUUUCGGAGUUAAGAAGCACAGAAUAAUUUGAAUAACUUAAUACAAUAUAUUACAAACACUUGCCUUUCACUACUUUACCAUUCUUCACUACUAAAACUUCACGCGUGGGUGAGAAAUUGCAAUAGUUAUUGUUUUUGUUUAUUGUUUUGUCUGAAUACUCUUACAAUAGUCACUACUUGAAUUUCAUCUACACACAAGUCUCUUACAAAACCCUCACUUUUUGUAAAAGACUACUUGAAAUAUUACUACUGGUUUUUACACAAUACUUAAAAGAUCUCUUUUGGUUUCUAUAGCUAUAGAAGACAAGUUUAUAUGGGUAUUUUCUAUGGAAAUAGUAAUAAGUUAAGUUACCAUAACCUACAUUACCUAACCGUACCCUACCCUACCCUACCCUACCCUACCCUACCCUACCCUACCCUACCCUACCCUACCCUACCCUACCCUACCCUACCCUACCCUACCCUACCCUACCCUACCCUACCCUACCCUACUCUACUCUACAAUACCCUACCCUAUCCUACCAACUCUACCCUACUCUACAUUACCGUACCAAACAUUAACAUUGCCUUGCACGCCACCCCAAGUCGACCGAUCAGUCAAAGUAGAGAUUCUUAAUCGAUUCCUUUUUCCGAUAAUUUGUUCCAUUUCGUUUUUCGUUUUUUUUUUUUUGUUUUUCGGUCGGUUUUUUCGCCUGAUAUUCAAACUUUUUCUACUAUUUUUGACCAAAAUGUAGCAGAAACUAAUGGUAAAUGGUAAAUUUCAACAGAUAAAAGACGUACAUUUAAAAAAUAUAUGAUUUUUGUUAUUUCACAAUUGCAAUUGUUUCAUAAAAGUUUUUUUACAUUUUAGCUUUUAAUUUUAAAACCAACCGUCAUGCGGCGAAAUGUCAAAAAAGGAAAUAAUUCGUUUUCUAUUGGUUCAGAGUGGCGUGCCUUGCCCAUGUAUAUUGCCUUUGCCUUGUCUAUACUUUCCCUUUACUGAACUCUACUCUAUACCUCCCUACGUCAACAGAAGCACAUAACAGUACACAUUGCACUACAAGGUACAACAAGAACAAUUUUUUUACAAAAAGGCACCACUUUGCACCAUUUUAAGAAUCCAAAAGCACCAGCAGCACACUUUUUCGCACCAAAACCAGCAUUUUCAAAUUCAAAUUUUAGCGGCCAAAAGAAGCGCCUCGCAGCCAAUUGGGCCUUGUAUCAAUAACUUGUGUCCCACCGGCUACACGUGUAACCAAUCGGACUAUAAGUGCUAUUAA